GAGAGAUCGGAGGAAACAAGACCGCCAAGGCCGGUAUCUUGGCAAGGAAAAGGUGAGGUCGAGGCUGCGCUUGCAGCAAAGUCGAUGCUUUUUGCGGAAAUAUCAAUGUACAAGAGAACAACAAUCCACGCACACCCUCACACCUAACACAACGUCUAUCGCACUCGCCGAUAUAUCCCGACAUUUCGUCGCAUAAAAUCCAACAGCAGUUCUUUCUACGACUGGCCGGCGCCAUUGACCGCCCACCUGCGCCAAAAUGAAGCUCGUAAGAUUUCUGAUGAAAUGCGCCAAUGAAACGGUCACAAUCGAACUGAAAAACGGCACGAUCGUGCACGGCACAAUUACCUCAGUCUCACCACAGAUGAAUACGGCGCUGAGAGCGGUAAAAAUGACGCCGAAGAACCGUACGAAUCCUUCUGCGCCGGGCGAGACCGUCUCUCUUGACACAAUCAACAUCCGUGGCUCGACUAUCAGAUAUUUCAUCCUGCCGGACUCGUUACCGCUGGACACGCUGUUGAUCGAUGACCAGCCGAAGCCCAAGAACAAGGCGAGAAAGGAGGGGGAGAACCGUGGAGGACCACGAGGAGGAGGAGGCAGAGGUGGACCGAGAGGAAGAGGACGAGGUGGUGAUGGACGUGGACGUGGACGGGGACGCGGUAGGGGUUUCUAG